CAAACAUGGCGGCUCCCAGGGAGAUACAUAGUUAGCACAAUGGUAAACAUGAACUUUUAAACAAAUAAAAGCAAUAACGUGUCGAGAUUCAUACAUUACAAACAAUCCAUAGUGUUGCCAUUCUGAUUCUUUAUACGCAGUCUUUCGAGCAUCGCGCAACAGAACACUUUGUGGUCGCAAUCAGGAGAUACCAAGCAGAAAAUCCGACAUUAGACUUUGAAUGAAACUCAUCUUUACUAUAGACUGUAACCGCGCGGUACCUACAUUUAGUGUGUAGUAGAUGUGUAAGAGUUUCAGCUCGGUAAAUGUCGGUUAUUUUCAUCCUUGUAAACGAUACAUCCAUCAGUUACUUUACAGAAGAAGAAGAAGAGGAAGAAUCAUCAUAAACGUGACGAAGACACGCUUUCAAACAACCAGAAAUAUCUCCAGAUAACAAAUGAAAUCGGUGUAACACACUAUUGAUAACAUGUUUAUUAAAGAGUUUAUUGAAGUUUACAAAGCGUUUAUUAAAGAGAAGAGUAAAGACACGAGUUGUGCAGAAGCAUGCAGAGUUAAAAUUGAAGAUACAAUUGAACAAGGAGACAUGAUGAAAUUGAAAGAGGAACGAGAAGAACUGCAUGAAGUGGAGGAGAAAAAUGAGUAUCGGAAACAUUUCACAACAAGAGAUUUUUUUUAUAACUGCUCACAGAUGGAACUGUAUUCCUCCCAAAAAACAACUGGAGCCAGAAAUUCUUUCACCUGCCCUCAGUGUGAAAAGAGUUUCAGGAGUAAAGUAAACCUUGAAGCACACAUUAGAAUUCACACUGGAGAUAAGCCUUUCACCUGUCCUCAGUGUGAAAAGAGAUUCAGGAGUAAAGUAAACCUUGAAGCACACAUUAGAAUUCACACUGGAGAUAAGCCUUUCACCUGUCCUCAGUGUGAAAAGAGUUUCAGGAAUAAAGUAAACCUUGAAGCACACAUUAGAAUUCACACUGGAGAUAAGCCUUUCAAGUGCCCUCAGUGUGAAAAAAGUUUCUGCAGAAAAGGAAUCCUUGGUAAUCACAUGAUAAUUCACACUGAAGAAAAGCCUUUCACCUGCAUUCAUUGUGGAAAGAGUUUCAGAACUAAAGGGAACCAUGAUGUGCACAUGAGAAUUCACACUGGUGAGAAACCUUUUACAUGCAUGCAGUGUUGGAAGAGUUUCUCGUAUCAAGCACACUUUAAAAGGCACAUGAGAGCUCACAAUGAAGAGAGGCCUUUUAUCUGCCCUCAGUGUGGAAAAAGUUUUUCAGACAAAACAACCGUUACAAGUCACAUGCGAAUUCACACUGGAGAGAAGCCUUUUAGGUGCGAUCGGUGUGGGACAAGUUUCAGACGUAAAGGCGAACUUAACUUGCACAUGAGAACUCACACUGGAGAGAAGCCCUAUGCAUGCCACCUGUGUGAGAAGAGUUUCAUAACUAAAUUUCAACUUAAUACACACAUUAGAAAUCACACUGGAGAGAAGCCAUUUUCAUGCAUCCAAUGUGGGAAGAGUUUCAGAACUAAAUGGCAACUUAAAAUUCACAUUAGAAUUCACACUAGAGAGAAGCCUUUUAUAUGCCUCCAGUGUGGGGAGAGUUUUGCAAGUCAAAAGGGCUUUAAUUCUCACAUGAGAAUUCACACUGGAGAGAAGCCUUUCACAUGCCUCCAGUGUGGGGAGAGUUUUGCACAUAAAAAGGUCCUUAAUACUCACAUGAGAAUUCACACUGGAGAGAAGCCUUUCACAUGCCACCAGUGUGGGGAGAGUUUUGCACGUAAAAAGGGCUUUAAUACUCACAUGAAAAUUCACACUGGAGAAAACCUUUUGACAUGCCGUCAGUGUGGUACAGAUUUUACUUCUGCAUCAGCCAUAGAAACACACCUGAAAAUUCAUGAACAUGAGAAGCAAUCUUUGUGUUCUCUUGCAGGAAAGCAUUUAAAAAAGCAGCAGAAAAAACAUAUUGCUAUGAGAGCUCAUGUCUGCUUAGAUUGUGGAAAGGUGUUUUCUAGAAAAGCUAAUUUGGAACGGCACAGAAGAAUCCAUACUGGUGAAAGACCAUACAAGUGUCUAAUAUGUGGCAAGAGUUUCACUCAUUCAGAAAGCCUGAAAGUACACAAGAGAGCUCAUACUGGGUGA